UUGCCAAGCAGUGUAUGUGGUCAGCUUGUUACUGAUGUUCUAGAAAAAACCGCUGCACUACCGAAUUUACGGAAUCGUGCAUUGCAAUUUUUGAACACAAAACUAUUACACGAGAAUUCAUUCGUAGUAACGAUGAAUGCGGACCAUCUGAACACUCUUAUUGAGAAGUUUAAUACAUGGAUUCAACCAAUUGGGGAUAAAAUUGACGUCAUUGUUUCAUCGGCCGUUGACUUUAAUAUUUUCUCACCUUUCAGUCCUAGUUCUCGUCUUUCUCCUUUCUUCAGAAUGACGACUGAUUUGUGCCAGAAAGCUGCUCAUACACUCAAAUUAAUUGCGCGCAGUAUGUCACCAGCCAUGAAACUCUCAGUUUUGUCCGAAACAUUGGAAUUAGCUAUUAAACUGGUAACUUCUUCAAAAAAUUGUUUCACUGAUGCAAUGUUUAUGUUGGGCAAAAUUAUCGUGAUUUCAGUAUCGGACAAAAUUAUCGUGAUUUUAUUGUUUGAGUGA